AGCCAACAUCCGCCAUUCUUUCCACGUGUAUAGUCUCUUCCCAGUGUAAGCGUACUAGUCAAGGACUGAGGCUGAUGACGAUUACUUGUAAAGCACGCCCAGUCUCUGCCUAAAACAUGUAAAACCCUUGAUUUUUGUUCGUUCCUGGUGUGGUUUCAGUUCCCACCUACUCUGUUUCUGAAGGAGAAGAUCCGAGAAGUGGUGAAAGGUUGAAGCUUGUUGAUUUUUGUGAGACGGGAAUGGACCGUUACGAGAUUGUGAAGGAUAUCGGGGCUGGGAAUUUUGGGGUGGCGAAGCUUGUUAGAGAUAAAUUGACCAGAGAGCUAUUUGCUGUGAAGUUUAUUGAGAGAGGACAAAAAAUCGAUGAGCAUGUGCAAAGGGAAAUCAUGAACCAUCGAUCAUUGAAGCAUCCCAAUAUAGUAAGAUUCAAAGAGGUUUUGUUGACGCCCACCCAUAUAGCUAUAGUAAUGGAGUAUGCUGCUGGAGGAGAACUCUUUGAGAGAAUCUGCAAUGCUGGUAAAUUUUGUGAAGAUGAGGCUAGGUUUUUCUUUCAACAGCUGGUUUCAGGAGUCAGUUAUUGUCAUUCGAUGCAAAUUUGUCAUAGAGAUCUUAAGCUUGAGAAUACACUCCUAGAUGGAAGCACAGCCCCACGUGUCAAGAUAUGCGAUUUUGGAUACUCAAAGUCAUCUGUCUUGCAUUCCCAACCAAAAUCUACUGUAGGAACGCCAGCCUACAUUGCACCUGAGGUCCUAUCGAAGAAAGAAUAUGAUGGAAAGAUUGCGGAUGUUUGGUCCUGUGGUGUGACUCUAUAUGUAAUGCUGGUGGGGGCAUAUCCCUUUGAAGAUCCCACUGAUCCAAAAAAUUUGAGAAAGACAAUUGGGCGGAUACUCAGUGCUCACUACUCAUUUCCAGAUUAUGUUCGAGUUUCUAUGGAGUGUAAACAUCUUAUAUCCCGAAUAUUUGUGGGAAGUCCUGAGAAGAGAAUGACAAUUGCCGAAAUAAAAAACCACCCUUGGUACUUGAAGCAUUUGCCUAUAGAAUUGAUGGAAGGAGGGAGCUGGCAGAACCAUGAUGUAAAUAACCCGUCCCAAAGCAUGGAAGAAGUACUAUCUAUAGUCCAAGAGGCAAGGAAACCUAUUGAGGUGAACAAAUUUGGUGGGAAUUUCACCGGAGGCAGCAUGGACCUGGAUGACUUGGAUGCCGAUGCUGAUCUUGAAGAUAUUGAAACUAGUGGGGAUUUCGUGUGUCCGUUAUAAACAGUGUGUGUAGGUAAAUUAUAUUGUUCCUAUUAGUUUUCUGCUAAUGCAUUUUUUAGGAACACAUUGUAUUAUUGUAAUCCUUAUCUUGCAAUUUGGCUCUGUAGACGGCCCUUUGUCGAUCGCUCUUGUUAAUUGUUCAAUAUUUUAGGACGAGCAUUUUAGUGAAUGGUUGAAUAAUGUACAGAAUAGGAAUGUGGAAGAUGACUUGUGUGAAC